UAAACGCCUAUUGCAGCCGACGAAAAUAUUUGGUUAAUCUUUGGUUUACAAUUUUGUUGCGAUUAUCUGUCGACGAAAUUAACGGGAAACGGCAGCGCGGUAUACGUAUUAUUGUUUGGCAGAACGUCUAUCCGGCGCAGGGCGCGACCAACCCGCAGCAACUGUACCAGCGCUCGCGUCCUGGCGGCGCCGCGGAUGCGCAGCCACAAUUCAACAGCGCCGCCGCCGCCGGCAUCGCCGACAUCAUGGUGGCGGGCGGCGAAUACGGCCAGCAGCAGGCUAUGCAACAGCAGCCCUACAACAACAAUAUGGCCUUCGGUCAGCGCGACAUGCAGCAUUCGGGCAGCACCGGCAGUUUCAACAACUUCGGAAAUCAGAAUAACAACUACGGCCGGAAUGACGGGUACGGGGAUCGGGGCGGCUACGGUGGGUAUCAGCCGUACGCUGGACAUAGCGCAAGGGCUACGGUGGGCAUUUCGCAGAAUUUCGCCCCGGAAGAGGAGAAUUCGCCGCCGACGUGGGCUGACGGUCUGCAGCGGUUCCAGGCAUCCUUACACUGGCGCUCUGCUAAUAACCCCGAUCUGGUGCAGGAAGCGGCCAGCUCGCAGUAUUCGGCCAACCCGUACAUUCUGCCGGCUCAGGCGCAGAUGUACCAGCUUCCCGGCGCCGUGGAUGCUCUGCAACAGCGUCCUUUUAAUAGCGCCGCCCCGGACUACACGGCCGGCAGCGCCGACAUCCUGGUGACGAGCGUUGGUGGUUACGGCCAGCAGCAGUCGAUGCUACAGCAGCCCUAUAACCACAAUACGGCCUUCGGUCAGCGUAGCAUGCAACAUUCGGGCAGCACCGGCAGUUUCAACAACUUCGACGGUGGCGCGUCCAGCGCCAGUCAGCACCAGGGGCGCAAUGCCCAGGUCGAAGUGUUUACUCUAGAAGAAUGGAAUUCGCCGCUGCCGCGGGAUGCCGGUCUGGAGGAGAUGUUGUUCCAGAAAGUCAAUACGGGCAUGGACAGUGGCACAGCUGAGGUUAUUGUAGCGGAAACCAGCGGGUCUAAUCCGCCAGAGUCCAUUCAGUCGUUUAACGAAAUCGGUCUGCAUGACAUCAUACAGCAGAAUCUGCAGUUGGCCGGUUACAACGAACCCACAUCGGUGCAGCGUCAUGCCAUACCCAUUUUGUUGAGUGGUCGCGAUCUGAGGGCCUGGGCACAAAAAGGUUCGGGGAAAACGACGGCGUUCUUAAUUCCCAUCAUGUCGCAGAUAUUGACCGGUGGUCCGCCACAAAUUCACAUGACGCAGCAACGCCAGGGUGUUCAGUAUCCGCUGGCGGUGAUUUUAGCCCCCUCCAUUGAACUGGCCAACCAGAUCCACAAGGAAUCAUUGAAGCUCGCGUAUCGAACGCGGAUCCGCUCAGUUGUCUUAUACGGAUUUCCGCAUGAGCGUCUGGCUGUUGAGAAUGUUGAACUGGAACGAGUCUGCCACGUCAUUGUGGCCACGCCUGGCCGUCUGAAGUGCCUGCUGGAAGAGGGGAGAGUGUCGUUCCACUUGGUGCGGUAUCUGGUCUUGGAACAGGUGGACUUUAUCGUCCUGAAGUCGCGCCACGAGAAGUCGCUUCGGGAAGUAAUGCGGCUUGUCGGUCCUAAACAGCCCCAGCGGAAAACAAUUAUGACGCUUACUGCGGACUUUAAGAAGCUAACUGAAUUAUGUGAAAAGUUUCUCCAUGAUUUUAUCACAGUGUCCGGAUAUGCGCAAACAGAAGGGAAUUUUCUGCUUCGUUUCGACAUCAAUGCUACUGCGAGCAUCAAACAUCAGGAGACACGGAAUUGUUCUGAUGCUCACAAAGUGCUAGCUGAAUUUGGAAUUUCCCAUCGAUUUACCCGCGUGGUAGUGCAACCGCAGUUUGAAAGCGGGACGUCAUCAGAAUUUCCGGUUAAACUGUUCUUCGUUAUUACGGUCCGCUCCACUCAAAAGGAGCUUAUCGAUGUGCAAUCUCAGUGUCGCUUGCACCUCAAUAGGAACGGAAUUAAAUGGGCUGACAUUACUCCUCUUGCCUCAUCCCAGCAGUGAAAUUUUUAUGGAUGAUGAUCUCACUGGCCCUAGUGUUUGAGCAGGCUGGGCGGCGGCGUUCCUGUUCUGUUGAAGUGCUUUUCAGUCUGUGUUGUUUAACCCGGUGUUUUUAACCCGGUGUUGUUAACCCGGUGUUUUGUUAGUUUUGCUUUAUUUGUUUUUUAAACCUGGUGUUUGUUUUAUUUGUUUGUUUGUUUAAUUAACCCGGUGUUGUUACCCCGGUGUUUUGUUGGUUUUGUUUUGUUCAAUUUGUUUUUAAUUUUGUUUUGUUAGUUUCUUUAACCCGGUGUUUUUAACCCGGCGUUUUGUGUAUUUAACCCGGUUUUGCAAUUACUCGAUUUAGUACUCUAUGGUAAUUACUGGAAUUAAAAUGAUUUUUUCUCG